UUGCAAGAAAAUGUGACUCCGGAUGUUGCUAUCACAUGUUGGGUGACACUACAAAUUUUACCGGUUGGUUUUUUUCAUCUUUGAAAAAUUUGUUUUUUCAAAAUGAUUAUUGAUUUUUUCCAGGAUUUAUUACUGGAAUAUAAAUUGUUUGAAUUUGUGAAUAUUGCCGAUGAUUUGCAGCAUAUUGUGAGAGAAACUGUGGGUUUUUUGAGAUUCUUCCAAAUUCUGGUUCAAAAAAAAACUUUUUUUUGUUUUUUAAUAAUUCAGAAAUUUUUUCAGCCAUGGUAUCGAGAAGCCGAUAAUCGAAAUCUUCGAAGCAUAAAUCUGCACUCAUAUCAAGGAUUGGAUAGACAACCAGGAGUGAGGAAUCCAAUGAAAAUUCAACCUUUGGAAGUUUGCGGAGUUGAGGCAAUUGUUAUAUCGAAAACUGAUGUGUUGGUUUUGACAAAUACACAAACUGCAUUCAAAAAAGUUGUGAUUUCGGAAAAGGAUAAACUUCCACCAGUUGGUAGGGUUUUUAAAGAUUAGAAAAUUUCAGCACAAAAGCCAUGUGGAAAAUUUUAUUUUGAAAAUUUGACAUUAAAAAUCCUGAAAAUUUUUGAAAAAUCAAAUUUAGCGCAAAAAAAAAAUCUACGUGGCAAAUUUUGCACCCAAAUUGUUUGGUAUCAAAAAUAUAACUUCUAAAAUCCACGUGGCAAUAUUUUUAGAGCUGAGGAAAAAUCGUAACGUUGUAGAAAAACAUUAUAUCAUCAAAACUACGUGGAAAAGUUUUAUUUAAAAAAAAAUCUGGCCCAAAGUUUUUGAUGGGAAAAAACAUUUUUUUUUCACGCUACAGUAAUAAUAAUGAUUUUCUCUAGCAUAAAUCGUUUUUCCAUCUUCAAAAUCAACGUGACAUAAACUAAAAAAAUGUCUACAGGUACCUCUGUCAAAAUCAAUGCUCGCCUGCUCGAACUUCUCGGAUUUUAUGCAAUUAUCACAUUCAAAAUUGAAAAUAAAGCGCUAAAAGGAACCCACGAGGAUAAACUACGUGUCACAAUCAAAAAAUGCCCAGAAGUGCCAGGAUUCGUUUUUUGUGAAUUUUAUGGAAUUUAUUUAGACGACCCCGAAAAUGUGUUGGAAAAAUGGUAUUUUUCGAAAUAUUCGAAUAGCGGUUUGGCUGUUGCGUUGAUUAGUGGAGCACCAAGUUUGAAUGGAAAAGCUCGAUAUUAUGUGGCUGAAAUUAUUGAUGAUAAAAAAGAAGAAGAAAAUUGA